UUUCUCUCAGAAAAUCUCAGGUUACUUGACUGGGAGUUCUCAGACCUCCAGUUUCAGCCCUGCCCUCAGCCUCCAGUCAGUGAGAGAUACCCAGCCCCAGCAAAUGGAUUGGGCAGCCCGUCUUGACACACCACUGUGCUGAGUGCUCGAGGACGUGUUUCACCAGAUGGUUGGGGUUAGUGUGUGUCAUCACAUUGGAGUGGGGAUUAGGUUCAGGAAGGCUGCCUCGCUGGAGCUGUGUGGUCUUCUCCAAGCGGGAGCUGCAGGCAAGAGAACUACUUGCUUGGGGAAGAAGAGGAGGAAUUCGUUUUCUGCAGCCACAAGAGAAGCAGCUUUUUCAGGUGCUGACGGCCAGCCACCAUCAUCUGAGGAAGGUGAAUUUGGCAAAUGACAUGCAGGUUCUCCAAGACAGAAUAAUUGCAGAAAAUCUUCAAAGGACCCCAUCUGCAGACGUCCUGAAUACCUCUGAGUAUAGCAGUUGAUUAUUCAACCAGGAUACCUAAUUCAAGAGCUGCAGGAACCAGGAGACAGACGUUUUGUCAGUUUUGCGACAUUGGACCAAGCACAAUGAAGUAUUCUUGCUGUGCUCUGGUUUUGGCUGUGCUGGGCACACAGCUACUGGGGAGCCUCGGUUCAACCAUCAGAUCGCCGAGGUUCAGAGGUCGGAUACAGCAGGAGCGAAAAAACAUCCGACCCAACAUCAUUCUCGUGCUCACUGAUGAUCAAGACGUGGAGUUGGGGUCCCUGCAAGUCAUGAACAAAACCAGAAAGAUUAUGGAGCGCGAGGGGGCCACCUUCACCAACGCCUUCGUGACGACGCCCAUGUGCUGCCCGUCCCGCUCGUCUAUGCUCACGGGCAAGUACGUGCACAACCACAACACCUACACCAACAAUGAGAACUGCUCCUCGCCCCCCUGGCAGGCAGUGCACGAGCCGCGGACUUUUGCUGUCUAUCUGAACAGCACUGGCUACAGAACAGCCUUUUUUGGAAAAUACCUCAAUGAAUAUAAUGGCAGCUACAUCCCUCCUGGGUGGCGAGAAUGGCUUGGAUUAAUCAAGAAUUCUCGUUUCUAUAAUUACACUGUUUGUCGCAAUGGCAUCAAAGAAAAGCAUGGAUUUGAUUAUGCGAAGGACUACUUCACAGACUUAAUCACUAACGAGAGCAUUAAUUACUUCAAAAUGUCUAAGAGAAUGUAUCCCCAUAGGCCCAUUAUGAUGGUGAUCAGCCACGCGGCACCCCACGGCCCCGAGGACUCAGCCCCACAGUUUUCAAAACUGUACCCCAAUGCUUCCCAACACAUAACUCCUAGUUAUAACUAUGCACCAAAUAUGGACAAACACUGGAUAAUGCAGUACACGGGACCCAUGCUGCCCAUCCACAUGGAAUUUACAAACGUUCUACAUCGCAAACGGCUUCAGACUUUGAUGUCAGUGGAUGAUUCUGUGGAAAGGCUGCAUAAUAUGCUUGUGGAAACGGGGGAGCUGGAGAACACUUACAUCAUCUACACUGCCGACCACGGUUACCAUAUCGGGCAGUUUGGACUGGUCAAGGGGAAAUCCAUGCCAUAUGACUUUGAUAUCCGUGUGCCUUUCUUUAUUCGUGGUCCAAGUGUAGAACCAGGAUCGAUAGUCCCACAGAUUGUUCUAAACAUUGACCUGGCCCCUACCAUCCUGGACAUUGCUGGGCUCGACGCACCUCCUGACAUAGACGGCAAGUCUGUCCUCAAACUCCUGGACCAGGAAAAGCCAGGUAACAGGUUUCGAACAAACAAGAAGGCCAAAAUUUGGCGUGAUACAUUCCUCGUGGAAAGAGGGAAAUUUCUACGUAAGAAGGAAGAAUCCAACAAGAAUAUCCAACAGUCCAAUCACUUGCCCAAAUACGAGAGGGUCAAAGAACUGUGCCAGCAGGCCAGGUACCAGACAGCCUGUGAACAACCUGGGCAGAAGUGGCGGUGUGUCGAGGACGCAUCUGGCAAGCUUCGGAUUCACAAGUGCAAGGGGUCUGGUGACCUGCUAGCCGUCCGGCACAGCACGAGGCCCCUCUUCUCUCACAGCUUCCACGACAAUGAAAAAGAGUGCAAUUGUGGAGAUGCCGGUUAUCGGGCCGGCAGAAGCCAGAGAAAGAGUCAGAGGCAGUACCUAAGGAACCAGGGGACCCCGAAGUACAAGCCCAGAUUUGUCCAUACCCGGCAGACACGCUCCUUGUCAGUCGAAUUUGAAGGCGAAAUAUAUGACAUAAACCUGGAAGAAGAAGAACUGCAAGUCCUGCGACCACGAAACAUUGCCAAGCGUCACGAUGAAGGUCGCCAAGGGCCCAGAGGCCGCCAGGCCACCAGCGGCGGUGAUGGGGACGCGAUGCUGGCCGACAGCGGCAAUGCCGUGGGCCUGCCCGCCACUGUCCGAGUGACGCACAAGUGCUUUAUUCUUCCAAAUGAUACAAUCCAUUGUGAGAGAGAACUUUAUCAAUCAGCCAAAGCCUGGAAGGACCACAAGGCGUACAUUGAUAAAGAGAUUGAGGCUUUGCAAGAUAAAAUUAAGAAUUUAAGAGAGGUGAGAGGACAUCUAAAGAGAAGGAAACCUGAGGAGUGUGGCUGCAAUAAACAGAGCUAUUACAACAAAGAGAAAGGUGUGAAAAAGCAAGAGAAAUUAAAGAGCCACCUUCACCCAUUCAAAGAAGCCGCUCAAGAAGUAGACAGCAAACUGCAGCUUUUCAAGGAGAACCGCAGGAGGAAGAAAGAGAGGAAGGAGAAGAAACGGCAGCGGAAGGGUGAGGAGUGCAGCCUUCCUGGCCUCACCUGCUUCACGCAUGACAACAACCACUGGCAGACGGCGCCGUUCUGGAACUUGGGCUCUUUCUGUGCUUGCACGAGUUCUAACAAUAACACCUACUGGUGUUUGCGGACAGUUAAUGACACGCAUAAUUUUCUCUUCUGUGAGUUCGCCACUGGCUUUUUGGAGUAUUUUGAUAUGAAUACUGAUCCUUAUCAGCUCACAAAUACCGUGCACACGAUAGAACGGGGCGUUUUGAAUCAGCUACACAUGCAGCUGGUGGAACUCAGGAGCUGUCAGGGGUAUAAGCAGUGCAACCCAAGACCUAAGGGCCUAGAAGUUGGAAAUAAAGAUGGAGGAAGCUAUGACCUGCACAGACUCCACCAUUUCAUAAUCCAUGAGGCAAACUACCUUUCAGCUGCCAUCCACAUCGCAGGCAGGAAAUGACGAAACAGGAGGGCAUCGACCUGUCAGACCUGGGCUCUCACUGGACACCCAAAGGCAGUGCUUGAUGUGCUCCCCCCGUCCACUGCAUCCUGUUGGAUUGAAAGGCAACAGAUGUGGAAAGGCCGAAAAAACUGCCGUCCCAGU